AUGCAAGGCCAAUCCUUCGUCCGCAGCAUCGCAACCCGCGCAACCCAACAUACCCUCAACACCGGCGCCAAAAUCCCCGCUCUGGGUUUCGGCACCUUCCAAGAUCCCGAGUCCCAGGAAGACACUGUCAGUCUCGCUUUGCAAAAUGGCAUGCGUCUAAUUGAUACUGCUCGAGUCUACAAUGUCGAACAGCAAGUAGGGAGGGGAAUUAAAAAGAGUGGUCUUCCCCGCGAGGACGUGUUCCUCUGCACGAAGCUGUGGUGCAGUGAUUACCAUCCCGAGGAUGUGGAGCGUGCUGUCGAUGAUUCUCUGCGAGAUCUUGAUACCCCGUAUGUCGAUCUGCUGCUUAUGCAUUAUCCGUGCACGUUUGCUCGAGGAUCAGAACGGUUUCCCCGAGAUGCCGACGGGAGGAUGAUUCAUGGCGAGACGACCUUUGUGGAUACGUGGAAGGCAAUGGAAAAGCUCACCAAGACUGGAAAGGCGAGAGCAAUUGGAGUGUCGAAUUUUAGCAAGGGGGAGAUUGAGACUUUGCUAAGGGAAUGCACUACGCCCCCCGCCGUCCACCAAAUGGAAGUCCACCCCUACCUCCAACAAAAGCAAUUCAACGAAUGGCUCCGUUCAAAAGGCAUCCAUGUCGUCCAAUUCAGCCCACUCGGAAACAUGAACGAUUUCUACCGCCAAACCGGGUGGGCCAAGGACAUUGCAAACAUGAUGCGGGUGAUCGACCAGCCGCUACUUAAGAAGAUCGGACAGAAAUACGGAAAGACGCCGGUGCAGAUUGUCCUCGCGUGGGGCAUCAACAAUGGCCGAUCUGUCAUUCCGAAGAGUGUGGUCGACUGGCAGAUGGAGGAGAACCUGGCUGCUGAUUUUGAGUUGGCAGAGGAGGAUAUGAAGGCUAUUGAGACGCUGGAUGCCAAGGCAAGGUUUAAUGACCCUAGUAUGGAUUAUGAAUGGAGAUUGUAUAGUGAUUUGUAUGGGAUUGAGGGGACGGUUAGAGGGCGGACUCACUGA